AGUUCUCCCCUGCAACCCACAACAUACGAAAACAAGAAGAGCAUUUGUGCGGAACCCAAGCACGUACAAAGGAACUGGGGACAUCUUCAUAAGACUAGGAUGGGCAUCUGGACCUGGUCUCAGGACAUUCUGUUCCCGAGAGUACAAGAAUUCACCAUGGGAGCCUGGCUUGCUUACUCCUCACCGCUCCCAUCCAACCACAACCAGCUGUUAUCCCUGUUUCUGAUGUGCUGCUGCAUUGCUGUGUCGAUUGGAGGCUUCUUCUAUUGCUGGAUGUUUUCUUCCUUGCAGUACUCUUUCCAGUUCUCCGCCACAACUGCUUCGGCCAUUGGCUUCCUGGCCUUGCUGACCCUCUUCUUAGUGCACCCUGUUCGUUGCAUGUUCACCAUCAUUGUGCCCACCCUGGGGACGAAGCAAGGACGGAGGCUGCUGCUGUCUGCCUGUUUCAUGAUAGUAACUGCUAACAUAAUCCCAAACAUCAUGAGCAACAUCAGAUCUAUCCUGCAGGUCAUUAAGUGCAUCUGCAAGGAUUCCUCUGAGAGCCUUCUGACCUCCACCGUUCUGUUGGAUGAUGCUUCGUGGGACUUCGCUCGCACUCUUAAAACAGUGUUUGACAACAUGCCAUCCAAAAUAGGGAGAACUAGAGAUAGCAAUGUUCAUUUAGAAAGGCACAACAAUAGCUUCCUACUGAGUCAGAAAAUGACUAGCGCUAGCCAAGGGAUCAAGGAAGAUUUCUUGGAAGCUGAAAUGCUAGUCCAGAAGGCCAUACUUUGGGCCAACCGGAUUACUGCUGGCUUCGUCCUCUUUUAUCUGGUUUUUGAGUCUUCCUGGUACCUGAAGAGCUACCUCACAGAUCUCCAGUUUGACAAUAUUUACAUCACCAAAAAACUAGAAGAUUUGGCUCGGCAGAAAAAUGCAACUCACCUGCUGGUUUGCUCCCCUAAGAAGUUGAUUAAAUCAGCUGGUCUCAGGUUAUCCCGAGAGGAAUUCACGGGUUGUUUAAUGCGCAUAUUUCUUGUUUCUCUUGUGUUCAUAUUGACACUGGUGAUCAUAACAGCAGACUAUAUCUCCUUCUAUUUAGCACAAGCCACAGUGACAGAAGUGUCUAAGUUGCCUGUAGUGCCAAUUAACUUCUGGAUAAAAUAUAAUGCUGAACUGAUCUAUUUAAAGUUUCUUGGACCUAUUCUCAGAGAUGCCAUUUCUACCCAACAGUCCAUACAUCAGUUCGAAAGGAAUUACCAUCAGAACCUGACCCUUGUCUCUGGGAACUGUUCCGUGGGGUCUCUGAAUCCUCCCAACACAGCUGUCACCCUUGCCGUAGGACUCCUCUACUGCAUCAUUUAUGUCACCAUAUUUUUGGAAACAUACUCCCACAGACUAUGCCGAAAGAUUUCAGCCUCCUUUUUUGAGAGCCAGGAAGACCAGAGAGUCCAGUACCUCUACCGGAAGCUUGUUAGAAAGUACAAGAAGAAAGAGCAACAGCAGCAACUGCAGGGAUCAACAGUAUUUUAUUAAAUUGCUGUCUGGCUGCAGUGGAUGGGGAUUGUGCUUUCAUGGCUGGAAGUGAUGACAGCUCAGAAAUGCUCCUCUGGUGAGCCCAAACAAAACUGGCUUGGUUGACCCUCAUGGCAUGCAGGGAAUCUAUGGGUUGGGUCCAGAUUGGUCGUGCUUACAGUUGACUCAUUCAAAUAGAGAAAGCCUCAGCUAUUGGGUGGUAUAAUAAAUAAAUAAUUGGGACUUCACAUGAUUAAGUUAAAACACAUUGAUGUCAAGGGAUCUUCUCUAGGGAUUAUUUCAGUCUGUAUGCAAGCUAUAAUUUUGUGAAUGUGCUGAGAUUAGCCGUUGCUCACCUCAAAAUGUACCUAACGUCAGGAUAUCUUGGUUUACCAAAUGUUGUUUGUAUUUAUUAAAAUAUA